AUGAAUUCUAUAGGACAAACUACACAAAUACCUAACUAUUCUUGUAGUGACAAUAAUGCUUCUAUUCAUUUUACAUUAUCUUCAUCAUCUCAUUCAGCUUCAAAUUCAACAUCAAAUUGUUUUUUACAACAAUGUAUUGUAAACUCAAACAAUAAUAAUAAUAGUUGUCGUUCAUCAUCAACACCUUGUUUUGAUUAUCGAACGAUAAAUAAUAUUAGCUUUUGUGCACCUGGUAUUUUAUGUUCAAUAUUAGAAAGAUGUGAUAAUAUUACACAAACAUGUCCAUCAAAUAAUUCAAUAUGUAUUAUUAAUUCAUGUUGUUCUUCAUCACAACCAGUAUGUUUACCAUUGUUAGCAACACAAGUGUGUGAAAGAGGUAGAAAUACAUAUUAUUUACAUUUGAGACUCCAUCAAAAUCAAUUAGAACAAAUCAUUUUAUUCAUAGUUAUAGAUAAAGUAUCAUUCAUUUGUAUGAAAUUUCUGUCAAGUGAUACUUUUUUUUGUAAUAAAGACAAAUGUAAUAGACAGAAUAAUAUAGAUGUGUUUCAAUAGGAAUACUAUGGACCUAGUAGGGAUAUCUUAGAUAGAAUAGUAUGGAUCGCUCAGAAAUAUCUGAGUAGUGAUAUUGGUGAUUUCUUAGAAGUACUCUACUGAAAAUAAUAGAAAUUCGCUCAGGGUACCCCAGUAGUAUAUUAGAGGUUUUUUGACACAUUAUGCAGGGCAUACUAAGAAGCUUGCAGGAGGCACUCUAAUGUAAUACUAGGGGUCUCUAACUAGGUCUCUAAACUAGGCAAUACGAAUCGCUUAGGAGUACCCUAGGGAAGAUAUUAAGAUUUUCUUAACAAUAUCAUAGAGGUAAUAGUGAGGAUCUCUUAGGAUUACUUCAUAAGGAAUAUAUUGGAUCCACAUAGUAUCUCCAUAAAAUCGGGGAUAUAGCAUCUGGAGAAAUCCCAACAGAUAUAUUUUAUUAUACUAAAUAAUCGUAAGAAUCUUUACUAUUCUUUUUAAAAGGUAUAGAGUAUUACCAAUUUGUCUUUAAUGUCAAUCAGCUCUCAGAACUGACUGACUGAAUAGUUCAAUUCUUCGCAUAUGAAUUGUUCAAGUGGGUUAAUUCAGAUCAAAGAACGAGUGU